AUGGCUGAAAUUGACGAAUACGAUGAGUUCGAGGAAUAUCUCUGGAUAGACUACGGAGAACCACAUUUCACUGAUGACAUGGCCAUGUUGGUAAAUCCGGACCCUGUCUUCAUAGACGACAGUUCGCUCGAGGAUGCGUUAGACAGUGAUACGGACUGGGAGGAAUAUCUUUCGGAUGAGUACUAUGACCAGGACAAGCCAGACAAGGUCCACCGUCAGAAGAAGAAAAUUGAGAGCAAGAAACCAGCUCAGUUUGACUCGGCUACGUUCUACGGCGUGUCAUGGUCUGCUGGCUCACCAUUGAAUAAUGAUGGGCCCCUGUAUCAACCUGGAGAGGGAGAGAAGGUGUCUCUCCUCAAGAAUUGGCGUGAAGUCUUCCAAGAGUCAAAACCAAAGACGAAGACAAGUGAAAAGCUGAAGCAAGAUGGAAGUAUCAGAGCAACAUUCCACGACCAUUUAUCGACACGAUUCCGUCGUAAUAGUGAACAGGGGGCAUUAGUCAACGAUAAUCUCAACCUCGGCAACAACAUGGAGACCGAUGGACUGUCUCGUCCAGUCUCCGGCCUCAAGACUUUUUUACUUGGUUCAAGCAUGUGGGCUGAGAAGAAAGGCCGUGACCAUCUUUUCAUGAAUAAUAAUGGACCACAGCUCAAAAAGGGCUCCUCGGCGCGUGCAGAGGCGAAACCUAACAAUAAUCUCGAUAUAAUACUGCCCCCUGCGCCAAAGAAUAUCGAAGAGUACAAAGAGAUCAUUACUACCGCGCCUCCGGUUACACAGAAGCGAGGACGGAAGAGAAAAGCAGAUGUGACUGUUGAGCAGACCACCCCUGACUUAGACUCUAACUCAGCCUCUGGUCUUACCAGGAGCUCGAAGCGUAAGAAGGCCGGCCAUACAAACGGCAUAAAAACCGCAACAUCUUCUCGGCCCAUACGAUCUUCAACAAGGCGGAAGUAG